UCGAAUUAUUUUAAAUAGAUUUUUCAAUCAUGUGCUAAUAAAACGAUAUUCGAGUCUAUAUGGUCGGCGAUAUCUGACAGGCGGCCGUUUGGUGGCGACCAAGGAAUCUGGCCUGUCAGUUUGUGGACAUUCCUGUCUCCGACUCCGCCCGCAUCGCUGUUCUGUCGCGUUCUUUUUCCGCCCCCUGCGGCCACCGUAGGCGAGUGUGGCAAGAUGGCGGCCGUGGCGCUCGCCGGGGCCGUGAGAGCAGCGACAGGAAUCUUACGGCCCCUGUCUAUUAUAGCAUCUCCAGGAUGUCGAAACAGCACCAGGAAUGCCUGUGCUAUUUCCAUACUGUCCACCAGACAUUUCAGUCAUAUUCAGACACCACUUGUUUCUUCUCCUCCCAGACCUGUCACAUCGGUCACAAACCUUACUUGUGGACUUUCUACAACCAUAUUUAACAGAGUGACUCCCUUGCUUCCCAAUGUCCUGGAGCUGCCGGCCAGAACAGUCACAUACUGCAGUACACAGAAAGGCAAGAGGAAGACGGUGAAAGCCGUCAUCUACAGGUUUCUCAGGCUCCAUUCUGGCCUGUGGUUAAGGAGAAAGGCUGGUUAUAAGAAGAAGUUAUGGAAAAAGAGCACUGCAAGGAAGAAACGCUUGAGGGAAUUAGUAUUCUGCAAUAAAACCCAGAGUAAACUCUUAGAUAAAAUGACCACAUCUUUCUGGAAGAGACGAAACUGGUAUGUUGACGAUCCCUAUCAAAAGUACCACGAUCGCACGAACCUCAGAGUGUAGGGUGGAAGUAUCGUGGCUCGUCAGUCACUGCUUAUGUCUGUCUGUGACUAUGAUGUUUCUGCAAGAAUGAAUAAGUAUAAAACUUAACAAGUGCUAUGUAAACACGCAACACUGGUAUGAAACUUCUGAGAGUUUUAAGACAGAAUGUAUUAAAUGUUCCCAGAUUUGGUAGGAAACCGGAA